AUGGGAUCAUCCUCCAGCUGCUGUGGUUCUGAGAAGGUCGAUGAAAGGAUGACAAUUGGUGCAGUAGGAAACAGUAGUAGUACAUGGAGGAUAUUUACAUACAAGGAGUUGCAAGUAGCUACCGAUGGAUUUAGUGAGGAUAAUAAACUUGGUGAAGGAGGUUUUGGAAGUGUCUACUGGGGUAGAACUGCGGAUGGCCUUCAGAUAGCAGUAAAGAAGUUGAAAUCAAUGAAUUCAAAAGCAGAGAUGGAAUUUGCAGUGGAAGUUGAAGUUCUAGGAAGGGUAAGGCACAAGAACCUGUUGGGGCUAAGGGGUUAUUGUGCAGGUGGUGCUGAACAACGCCUCAUUGUGUAUGAUUACAUGCCAAAUCUCAGCUUGCUUUCUCAUCUCCACGGCCAAUUUGCUGGCCAAGUCCACUUAGAUUGGAAAAGAAGAAUGAAUAUCGUUAUUGGCUCUGCACAAGGCCUUCUGUACCUGCACCACAAAGUGACACCUCACAUCAUUCACAGAGACAUAAAGGCUAGUAAUGUGCUUUUGGAUUCAAAUUUUGAACCACUUGUUGCAGAUUUUGGGUUUGCAAAGCUAAUUCCAGAGGGUGUUAGCCACAUGACCACCCGUGUUAAGGGCACCUUAGGAUACCUAGCACCAGAAUAUGCUAUGUGGGGAAAGGUUUCAGAGAGUUGUGAUGUUUAUAGUUUUGGAAUUCUUCUAUUAGAGAUUCUCACAGGAAGGAAGCCCAUAGAAAAGCUCCCCGGUGGCGUUAAGAGGACAAUAACCGAAUGGGCUGAGCCACUGAUACUUAAAGGGAGGUUUAAAGAACUUGUUGAUCCGAAGCUUAGAGGAAAUUUCGAUGAAAACCAACUGAAACAAGGGAUCCAUGUGGCUGCGCUAUGCAUGCAAAGUGAGGCCGAGAAGAGGCCUACCAUGAAAGAAGUGGUUGGACUUUUGAAAGGGUAUGAUCCGAAGAGCGAAGAAAAGCAACUGAGAAUUGAAAGUAUCAGAUAUGAGGAAGGCUUAAUGGCAAAAGACCAGGAUAGUGAUGAUGAAAAUGGUGGCGGUUCUCCUUAUGACGAAAGUAGUGCUGCUUAUGGGGUUUUUGGUGCCAUGGAUGUGCAAAAGAUGCAAGACCCUUAUAAGCAAUAUGGAGACAGAAGAACUGCCAAACAUGGGUGAGAGGAAGAGAGAGUUUGUUGUGCUCUCGAUGUGUGAUGAUGAUAUGAAAAAUCACACAGUAUUCCCCCAACAGUGGGAAAAUCAAGGGUUUGAGGGAAUUGUUACUUCUGUUUUUUAGAAAUGAAAGUGAAGAAACAACACUAUGCAUGGGUUCAUUUUUUAUUUUUUUAUUUUUUUGACUUUUUAUGUGGAUUUCUUCAUUAAAUGAUGGAUGAAGAUUUUAAGACUUAGUUUAUUGAGAUCAACAAUAAAGACAAUGAAGGAGAAACAAGAAAAAAGUAA